AUGCGGCGCCGGCGGGCGGCAGCGGCGACAGCGGCGACCUGGCAGCUGCAUACCGCAGGCACGGCCCUGGCAUUCGAGGCGACCGUCGCCUCCAUUGCAUCACCAGCCAGCAAGGGCUUCACAACCGUGGCUGUGGAGGAUGCCUGGGCGCUGCUGCAGGAGUUCAGUGCCAAGGAGGCGCGAGGGCUGGCCCAGACCUUCCUGGACUCCCGCGACAAGCGGCAGCGGCUGCGGGAUGCGCUGCUGGUGGCGGCUGCUGCGCCGUACGUGCCGGCGGGGUGGAAACCCGAGGCAGCGGACUCUAUGGUGCUGCUGGGGGUGAUGGCCUCGGAUGUGCGCCUGGCGGUGCGCGCCCUGCGCGACUACUGCCAGGCCCUGGGAGUGCCCUUCAAGAUGCCGGAGAGCCGGGUGCCGGGGGUGGCGGCGGCGCCGGCCAUCGCGGGCCCCGCCUAUGUCAAGUACAACUCUGCCAGCGGGCUGUGCUAUGCCACGCGGUACGAAGGGCGGGACCGCGGCGUGCUGGUGCAGCUGGGGCAGCAGCAGCUGGGGCACCUGCCCCUCGGCCUCCAUGACGAGCUCAUGGCCCGCCCCGCGCCGCCGCUGGGCUAG